AUGGCAUAUCCAAACAUUUUCUAAAAAUAAUGAAUACAAAGUUUGAGAUUUUGUUAAAACAUUGAAUUUUUUAAUUUUUGUAGCAGGGUUUAAACUUUGAUUGAUAUGGUUUUUGUUGUAGAAUGAACUAUUUUUUUAUAAAAAAAAUUAUAAAAAUUAAUUUGGAAAAAUAUAAAUAGUAAAAACUUGUCUAUAUGGGUGGACUUAGCUGGCACUAUUUUUCGCUUAUUAUUUGUUUUUUUUUUCUACUGGCACUAUUUAAAAAUCUGUUUCUAUGUACAUAGAUACAUACAUACUUUGUAUUUAUUUAGGUAGGUAGAUAAAAAGCAAUCAAACCGAUGGAAAACCUAGCAAAAAGUGUGCAAUUAUAAAUUAGUGGCAUUCGCUAAAUGUAUGUAUUGCUGUUGUCGUUUGAGCGGUUGUUGCUGUUGUUUUCGCUGAGUGAAUUAAAAUAACGUAAGACGACGCGACGCGCAAGCCGCAAUACAAUUCUAUAUGCGUAGCUACGACAUCACCAAACGGGGCAAUUCGAUUCGUGCAUUUAAAUACGCAUAACAGCUGAAUUGCGAUCAUCCGUCCAUGCGGACUGCCAAAAUUCGGUCCGCUUGCGGAAAGCAUUUCUUUAAGCCAAGUUAGCUGACGCGUCGCGCGAGUGCUAGCCAACGAAGUGAUUGAAAUAAGCAAGCGUAAAUAAAAUUGAACAUAAAAAUAGAAAAAAAAAGAAAACUCAUUAUGAAAUCAAUGCACGUCGUUUUUUUAUUUUCAAUUCUUCCUUUUAUUCGAUUCUCCUAUCGUGCUCCCCACAGCCUGCCUACGAACCUUCUUACCGCCUUACUUCGGUUUACCUUUACUUAUGCAUAUGUAUAGAUGUACAUACAUAUGUAGGUGUGCAUAUACAUAUGGCGGUAUGUAAUAUGUUCAUAUUUAAAUAAAUCAGUGUUCAGGCAGUGGUGAUAAAAUGCACACAUACACCGGUGAAAUAGUGGAUUUAGUCUUCUAGGCAGUGUUUUACUGCGGUGGGUGCGUAGCUGUGAAGGGAGUGCUGUAGCAAUGCGAUGUAUUUAUGUAGUUAUAAAAACUGUCAUCAACUUACGAGUGACUGCAAAGCCCCUUGAGUCCAAUAUGAAUUUUAAUUAUUGAGAGCUAUGUAAUUAUGAGCGCGUACAAAGGAAAGAGAAGCCGUAACUUGUGAGAGGGCGAGUGAGUUUUUAUGGAAGUGAAUGAAAGUAAAUACUACAGUACUGCGACUGCGGCAGUAAGCAGCCGUAAUUCGUAUCCGCAUUGCCGAUAAGUUUUCCGAUAAUUGAAGGAAUUUAAUUCCAAACACUACGAACUAAUCUUUGCGAUGAUCAAAAUUAGACUGAAAUCAUUCAUUUGCGGACAUCAUCGUUUUUUGAUGUUGACCACGCUUAUUUUCUGUACCUGCCCGCCUUAUUUGACGCAAGCCAAAAGUUUGGUUGACAGCCGCUCGCCCAGUUUGCGGACCUUUCACGUGGUCAAUAUCACUCUCAGUCCCAGCGUUGUACACACCAAAGCCGUAGUGGCGCCGAAUACCGAUGUGCGUUUGACGUGCUUGCUUAAAGGGUCCAUUAAGUGGUACAAAGAAGACGAGUUCCUAAGCGCUAACAGACUGCUAGUUUUGAAGGAAGUUCAAGCGGGAAAUGCUGGUGUCUAUAGCUGCCAGGCAGAGCAAGUGCCAAUAGGGGCAAAGUACGUUAGCGUUGCAUUGAAAGUACUUGCACCUGAGCUAGCAAAGACUUCCGCCUAUACAGAAGACGACAUAGCUGAUUUUAGUAAGGUGGAAGACGAAGAAGAAGCGAAGCUGCGAAUGGAUCAAGAUGACAAAGGUACAGUGGAGGAAAAUGUGGAAGCGGAACCAGAAGAAGUCUCCAAAAGCGAGAAUGCGACUGCUUUAAAAAUUGUGCACCUGCCGAAUCCCGGCCCGCCACAGUUUCAACAAAGCUACAAACUUAUAAAUAGUUUACAGCAACCGCUUGGAAGUUUCGUGCAAUUUAGCUGCCCCGCAAUGGGAAAUCCAUUACCAAUAAUUACUUGGUGGCAUAACAAUACAAGGAUGGAUAUGACUUCUUUGCGUUUUAGGCUUAAAAAAUGGUCGCUUUUUAUUGAGCACCUGAGUAUUAUAGACACUGGCAGUUACACUUGCAAAAUUAGUAACAAAUUCGGUACCAUUGAACACAGCACACGGUUGCAUAUCGUCGGUCAGCUGCACUCUGAAAAGCCACUUAUUGCGAACAGUACACCAGCCAACCUAACGGUUAUGGUUAAUAAUAGCGCGCAGUUCGAGUGCCGAGUUGAAUCACCGACCGCAGUGCAGAUUCAGUGGAUCAUGCAUAGGAAACAACUGAAUAAGGAUGAGCUAUAUUUGAAUAUCACAAAUAAUCCGAAUAUAAUUGAGUUGCCGACGAAUGCAGAAAACCCAGCCAUGUUAAAAAUAACGCAAGUGACGCCAGAUGACGAAGGCUGUUACACCUGCAUUGCUUCGAAUGAUGUAGGUAAAACGAUGGCUACAGCUUAUUUGCGAGUCAUACUUCCGAAAAGCACCAUCAUUGCCCCCAAAACUAAAUUCUUCAUUCUGGAGAAACGUACUGCCGAUUCAUCUGGUGGCCCAGCGUUAGAGAAGGAACACGAUAAACCAGCAACUGUUAGUGAUGUGGAUGUAGACAGUAAAGAUACUGCUGAUACUAACGAUGAACAGGAGGCGGUAGAAGAAAGUCCGCCACGUUUCAAAAAAGCGGAUAAGCUCAUUCAAACUGUACACAAACCAGCUGGCUCUACAAUACAACUGCAUUGUCCAGCCAAUGGCAAUCCGAUGCCGAACGUAACAUGGACGCGCAGCGCCAGCGAUCAAAAUUUCACUGAAAUUAUGCGACAUAUAGGGAAAGUAACUUACAAAAAGUGGUCCAUGCAAAUGGACGAAGUGAUUGCGGAAGAUUCGGGCGUCUACAAGUGCACCGUAUGCAAUAAGCUGGGUUGCAUAGAACAUUGCACCAAGUUAACCAUCAUGGACCGUCUGCGCUCUCGGCCCAUUCACAGUGACAAGUUUCCACAAAAUCAAACCGUUUUGACCAAUAGCAGCGCAUAUUUUGAGUGUCGUGUCGUAUCCGACCUGGAGCCCCAUAUAUUCUGGGUAAAGUACAAUACGCCAAAUGAAAGUAUUGAUAAGUUGGAGCGCAUGUUUGCCAAUGCAAACGCCAACGCGAACUCUUACCAGCCAAGCGCAAAAGAUUUCAUCAAACUAUCUGGCGAACCAGACAAACCGAAUGUCCUUCGAUUGGAGAACGUCACACAUGCGGACGAAGGUUGGUACACCUGUGUAGCAGCUAGUAAUUUGGGUGAGUCAAUGGCAAGCGCGUAUUUGCAUGUGGUUGACAAAUUGCCCAACCGGGAAGUAUACAUGAUGUGGCGGGCACAUCCUGUCUGGAUGACAGUAGCAGCAAUGGUAAUUGUGCUGCUGUUCCUUUUCGGCUCCAUCUUCAUUAUCUAUGUUUUGCGAAAGCUGAAGCAUGAAAAGUUGCUGAAGCAUCGCAUCGAAACGGUUCAUCAAUGGACCAAGAAAGUUAUUAUCUACAGGCCGUCUUCUUCCGAGGGUAGUUCCUGCGACCUCCAAAUGCCUGUGAUUAAAAUUGAGAAACAACGUACCACAUUUCAGGCUUCAAACAUGGAUUCGUCGCAAGCUUUUAAUGAAUAUGAAUUUCCGCUCGACUCCAAUUGGGAGAUACCGCGUACGCAACUGAACCUAGGCUCGACGCUAGGUGAAGGAGCUUUCGGACGUGUAGUCAUGGCAGACGCGUGCAAUUUACCACGUACCGCCAAUAACUCUUCGAGCAUAGUUGCUGUAAAAAUGGUAAAAGAGGAGCACACGGAUGCAGACAUGGCUAGUUUAAUAAGGGAAAUGGAAGUAAUGAAAAUGAUCGGGAAGCAUAUUAACAUCAUCAACUUGCUGGGCUGUUGUACACAGAAUGGGCCGCUUUGGGUCAUUGUGGAAUUCGCACCUCAUGGAAAUCUGAAAGACUUUCUGAAAAAGAAUAGGCCACUUUUUGUUGGCAGUCCGAGUUUGCAGCGUAGCAGCGACUGCCUGGAGGAUAUGCCGCAGCUAACUGAGAAGAAUUUGGUGUCUUUUGCGUUUCAGAUUGCACGUGGCAUGGAAUACCUUGCUUCACGUAGGUGUAUUCAUCGGGAUUUGGCGGCUCGCAAUGUCCUCGUGAGUGACGACUAUGUUAUGAAGAUUGCCGACUUCGGCUUGGCGCGCGAUAUACAGGAUACAGACUAUUACCGAAAGGCCACCAACGGUCGUUUACCCAUCAAGUGGAUGGCGCCCGAGUCGCUACAAGAAAAGUUCUACGACUCACAAUCGGAUGUGUGGUCCUAUGGUGUAUUAUUGUGGGAGAUUAUGACUUUUGGAGAGCAGCCCUAUCCCAAUAUUAUGUCUGCGGAGGAGCUCUACAGUUACUUAAUAACUGGUCAGCGAAUGGAGAAGCCAGCACGAUGUUCACUCAAUAUAUAUAUGCUAAUGCGGCAGUGUUGGCAUUUUGACGCCAACGUACGACCGACAUUUGGGGAGAUUGUAGAGAAUUUGGACAAGAUUCUUCAGCUGGCAUCAAAUCACGCAACUAAUGAAGAGUAUUUGGAUCUAUCUAUGCCGAUGCUUGAGACACCCCCAUCAUCGAGUGAUGAUGAAUCCGAACCGGAUACUUUUCAAGAAACGUCUCCGUUGCGCUAUCAAUACACAUACAAAUUUUAUUGAAGAGAUUAGCAUUUAUGCAUUAUACGAAAUGUGUAAGCAAAGUAAGGCUUAAACAUACUAAUACCCAGUAGUUUUUAAGAGCAAUUUUAUACUUUAUACUUAAGUGCAUCUGUUGUGAAACUACGAAAAGACUUAAUCCAUCGCAUGUCAUUUGCUAAAUUUAGUAUAUCAGAUAAGCACAAGAAAAAAAUUGUAGAUUACGCGUUACUUUAAUUUAAAGUUAAGAAUAUCAUAAGCGUAUUUAUAUA